GGGAAAUCUGCGAGCAUACAAGCUACAUUGCGCCUUGCACGACACAUAAAAGCCGAAUAAUUAUACGGAAUAUUAUUUUACUUUUAUAUUUUAUAUUUCUUUUGACGGAUUUGAUUAGACUCCAAAAUUUUGAGUUUUUGUUCUUUCUUGGGAAAUUCCAAACCAUCGAAGCAGGAGACGCAACAGCAACGACAAAGCUCACAGUCGCCGAACAAAAACAGAGAGAGGACAGAUCAUCAUCGAGCUCCGUCUGUCUCGUGGUGGAGACGAUCUUGAAGUUGAGAAGCGAGUCCGAGGAGUGCUUUGUCUUUCUUAGAUUUUGUUUCUAGGGAAUGGAUAUUGAAGUUUCUGGUUCGAAACCCUCCUCGACUGUCGGUGAUGCCAGAGGAGGGAUAACAAGGGAGCAGAUACGUGUCAAGACGAAAGACUUGCAGGCGGUGCUCGAGCAAUGUCAGAGAGCUCUCGAAUUGCUCAGGAACGCCGGUGAGGAUGACGUUGAUGCUGAGGGGGAGAGGGAGGAGGAGGAGGAGGAGGAGGAGGAAGAGACAAAAGAGGUGACUGAUCAGGAUUCGUCGUCUCAGUGUGGUGAUCUUGAUACGGCUGAGUUAUGUGAUCUUCUGAAAUCUAGAAUUGAAUCACCCAACUUCCUCGAAAAGCUAGAGAAUGUCCAGGUGGCAGUACCACAAAAUACGGCAGAAGAAGGUGGCUCUUGGGACAUGGUCAGUGAAAAUGAUUUAUGGGAUGGUGCAAAUUUGGAUGCCAAUAUUGAGUCAGACCCAGAAGGUUAUGUUCUAGUCAGACAAGAAGAUAUAGUGGAGGGUAUUGCAUGUUUCAUGGCUGCGUAUCUGUUAUCUUUAAAGCAGACUAAAGUAUGUGCAAUUUCCUUUGUUUUCUCGAUGUUUAUGCCUUUGAUAGGCUAAUAAUCUUUUCUUAAU